GCUAAUUACAACAGGAAGGGACCACGUGUUUAUACUUAUAUACGAAAUUACUUCGUUUUUGGUGAGCUCAGAAUCCAUGAAAGACGUUGAGGGCCUAAUAACUUAAUAAUUUAGUAACACUGUGUACUUGAGCACACCGUACACUUCUCGGGCCGUCUGGGGCCCGGGGGAUGGACAUCAAACGUGGGACAGUUGUACAAAAAUCGAAUGUUUCUGUUGUGUCUGAUACUGUGCAGUCCGAGGUGCGUUAAAUCAUAAGGGACAUGACAUAAAACAAAUGCAGCGCAGUUAUGAGACGAAUAAUGAAAACUGAUUUCCUGCUUUUUGCACUGUUCCUCAGCGUAAUCACCAAUGCCUUCUUUUUCUUCAUCUACCUCAGAAGACCUCACGUGUUCUAUCCGGUGCAAACCGAGGAGAACAGAUUGUGUGUAUACUUCAGGGGUGGUCUGGGCAACCACAUGUUUCAAUACGCAUCCACAUACGGCAUAGCUCGAGCCAGGAAUAUGACCGUGGGUAUCACCCCAGCAUCCGAACUUUUCAACACCUUCAAUAUCUCCUCCCAGUUCCUCAUCGGCAAGCAAUUUUGUGACACUGCAGAGAAAGUAGUGGAGAGAAAACCUUGUGCAUACGACAAAGGUUCCGUCCAAUUUAUUCGUAAAGAAAAAGUGAACUACAUUCAUAAGUCUUAUCUUCAGUCGUGGAAAUAUUUCGAAGACGUGGAAGACGAGGUCCGAGAACAGUUCGUCUUUAUGGGAGACGUUCAAGACAAAGCGCACGAACUUAUAAAGUCGUUGACUAAACCAUUCGCCAGUAAAAAUCUGACAAUCAUUGCGGUUCACAUACGGCGAGGUGAUUAUAAAAACGAGCGAAAUGUCAAAUAUGGAUAUAAUUUAGCAACAGGAGAAUACCUCAGCAGAGCAUUUAAGUACUUUAGAGAUAGAUAUGACCCUAUUGUUUUCAUUGUGUUUACAAACCCUAAUGUUGAAGAUCUCAAAUGGUGCAAGUACCAUGUGAACGGAAGUGACGUGGUGUUCGCGCCAGAAAAUCCGCGGGAAGUGGAUAUGUGUGCAAUAUCAAUGUGUAACCACACUAUUAUGACGGUCGGGUCUUUUGGCUGGUGGGGAAGUUUUCUGGCGAAAGGGACCACUAUUUACUUCAGCGAUGUUGCCCAAAACAACAGCAAUCUUAGGAAAGACUUCAGUUUCGACAUGUCCGAUUAUUUUUAUCCGGGAUGGAUUGGACUGAGGUGAUAGUCAGAUAUGAUUGUUAUGUCCCAUAGUACCUCAAGUAUUUUCUUAGAUUCUGGGUUUUCCAUUAGCUUUACAAUUCACGCAGUAGCUUUCAAAUAUGAAGAAGAUAUUGUUACCAUUAUGUACAUGUAUAUUACUAGUACUUGCUUUCAGGUAUAAUUUUAUUAAUCAGUAUGUAGUCUGUACAUUAUCACUGUUCGUUUACACAGUAAGCCUAAAAACUUUCAUGGCGUAGUGUUUCACUAUCCAAGCUUUUGAGGUCAUGAAAUAACAAUGUUGAAAAAUAAGCGGAUAACACAAUUAAUUUAUUUUAUUGUAAUAGAAAGCAUUUUCAAUCAUUUUUAUGACAUCUUUAUUGAUUGCAUGUAAUCUUAACAGUUGUAAUGAUGUGUUUGUAAUAAUUGCAAUGGUUUGAAAUUGUAGGUAGUAUCUGAAAUGAUUGUAAAUAAAUAAUAUCAUUGUAAAUAUCAGUAUAAAUAAUUGUAUGAGUUAAAGUGUAAUUAAUGAGUGUAUGUAAUGACUAUAAGUGUAUGUAAUGACUGUAAGUUUAUGCAAUGACUAUAAGUAUAUGUAAUGACUGUUAGUGUAUGCAAUGACUAUAAGUAUAUGUAAUGACUGUAAGUGUAUGCAAUGGCUGUAAGUGUAUGUAAUGACUGUAAGUGUAUGCAAUGGCUGUAAGUGUAUGUAAUGACUGUAAGUGUAUGUAAUGACUGUAAGUGUAUGCAAUGGCUGUAAGUGUAUGUAAUGACUGUAAGUGUAUGCAAUGGCUGUAAGUGCAUGUAAUGACUGUAAGUGUAUGCAAUGGCUGUAAGUGUAUGUAAUGACUGUAAGUGUAUGCAAUGGCUGUAAGUGUAUGCAAUGACUGUAAGUGUAUGCAAUGGCUGUAAGUGUAUGUAAUGACUGUAAGUGUAUGCAAUGGCUGUAAGUGCAUGUAAUGACUGUAAGUGUAUGCAAUGGCUGUAAGUGUAUGUAAUGACUGUAAGUGUAUGCAAUGACUGUAAGUGUAUGCAAUGGCUGUAAGUGUAUGUAAUGACUGUAAGUGUAUGCAAUGGCUGUAAGUGUAUGUAAUGGCUGUAAGUGCAUGUAAUGACUGUAAGUGUAUGCAAUGGCUGUAAGUGUAUGUAAUGGCUGUAAGUGUAUGUAAUGACUGUAAGUGUAUGCAAUGGCUGUAAGUGUAUGCAAUGACUGUAAGUGUAUGCAAUGGCUGUAAGUGUAUGUAAUGACUGUAAGUGUAUGCAAUGGCUGUAAGUGCAUGUAAUGACUGUAAGUGUAUGCAAUGGCUGUAAGUGCAUGUAAUGACUGUAAGUGUAUGUAAUGACUGUAAGUGUAUGCAAUGGCUGUAAGUGUAUGUAAUGACUGUAAGUGUAUGCAAUGGCUGUAAGUGUAUAUAAUGGCUGUAAGUGCAUGUAAUGACUGUAAGUGUAUGCAAUGGCUGUAAGUGUAUGUAAUGACUGUAAGUGUAUGCAAUGGCUGUAAGUGCAUGUAAUGACUGUAAGUGUAUGCAAUGGCUGUAAGUGCAUGUAAUGACUGUAAGUGUAUGCAAUGGCUGUAAGUGUAUGUAAUGACUGUAAGUGUAUGCAAUGGCUGUAAGUGUAUGUAAUGACUGUAAGUGUAUGUAACGAUUGUAAGUGUAUGCAAUGACUGUAAGGGUAUGCAGUGACUUUCAAGUGUAUGUAAUGACUGUAAGUGUAUGUAAUGGCUGUUAGUGUAUGUAAUGGCUGUAAGGUUAUAUCAUGGUUAUAUGUGUAUGUAUUGCCUGUAAGUGUACGUGAUGGUUGAAAGUGUAAGUAAUGACUGAAAAAGUACCUAAUGCCUGUAAGUAUCUGUAAAGGUAAUGUGUAUCUGCAGUAGUUGUAAGUAUCUGUAAUGAGUGUACUGCAAUUAUCUGCAUUGAUUGUAAGUAUUUAUCUGUAAUGACUGUAUGCAUCUCCAAUGAUUGUAUGUAUGUAUAUGUACUACGUGUUUGUAAUAAUUACAUUGAAUUGGCUGUAAUGAUUUUGAGUAUCUAUACUGAUUGGCAGUGAUUGCCAGUAAAGUGUUCAUGGUUG